ACAUAAUUAAAUUUUCUUUGAGAAUCUGAUAUCAUGGGAUAUUAUAUGUAAAUAUGUAAAAUUAUAUGUAUAAAGAUGUGUUUAUAUGUAUAUAUAUAUGUCAUGUGUCAUUGCACAAAUAGAUCUUGAAUCUUCCCAGUCUCUAUAUAUGGAAUAUAACUUGGUUUACCAAAAACAACAAAAAUAAAUAGCACAACACACUAAAGUAUAAAAAAUGAUGACUAAGCACCAGUGAAGCAUUUUUGUAAAAACAGCGGUCAGGAUUCAUUGUUGGUUUGUAUUUUGCCCUAAUCAACCAAUGUGAAAAGACCUAAUUAUACACACUCCCACCAACUCACCAAAUUUAUGAAUAUCUCUAACCUUAGAUUUCAUCAUAUCCCAAAUUAAAGAACUUGUUAUAAUUUCCAUGUUGAUUAGAGCACCCACAAUCAGCCCUUUUAGACUAAAAUGCCCCUUCAAAUCAUAUUAUUUUUCUUACUUAAAUAUGUUGAGAUAAUGAUAAUUGUCAAGCCCAUUUUAGGUAAUUUCAAUGAUAAGAUUGUAUUUAGAGAGGGUGCCCCACAUAUGCCACCCAAAAUACCCAUUAAUAUCUCCAAUUAAGAUUUAACAAGUCAGUAAUCCCAUAUUAACAUGUGGUCAUCUUCCUAGCCCUAUAUAUAUAUCAUAGGUUGUAAAGGGCAAAAAAACCACACCUAUACAAGACUGAAACCUUCCAAAUUCUUGACCUUUGUCUGCUUUCUUUGCCUUUCACCAUGACUAGAAAGAAGGUUAAGCUUGCAUACAUCACUAAUGAUUAUGCAAGAAAAGUAACCUUCAAGAAGAGGAAGAAGGGUCUCAUUAAGAAGGUGGACGAGUUAAGUACCCUUUGUGGUAUUGAGGCUUGUGUAAUUAUUUAUAGCCCUUAUGAUGCACAACCCAAGGUUUGGCCUUCUCCUACGGGAGUCCAACAUGUGUUGUCCCAAUUCAAGAACAUGCCCGAGAUGGAGCAAAGCAACAAGAUGGUGAAUCAAGAGAGUUUCCUCAAGCAAAGACUUGGUAAGGCCAAUGAUCAACUCAAGAAACAACGCAAGGAGAAUCGCGAGAAGGAGGUGACUCGAGUCAUGUUCCAGAGCUUGAUCGGUAAGACCCUAACUAACUUGAACAUGAUCAACUUGAAUGAUCUCAGCUGGAUUAUUGAUCAACACUUGAAAGAUAUUCGCAAGAAGGCUGAGACAAAUAACAAAGAGAUUACUUCCCAAAUGAUAGCAGUAGCACCACCUCUACCUCCACCUCCACCACCACCACCACCACCACAACCACAACCACCAUUACCACUACCACCAAAACUACCAUCACCACCACCAUUUGCACCAGAAACAUCUAUUUUUGCUGGACCUAUUAUGGAGGUUGCACCAUUUCAGGAGGAAGCAGAAAGGCAAACUUUUGAAGCGAACAUGGAAGCCAUAAAGAGACAUCAGUGGAUAAUGGAGGCUAUGAGCCCACAUGAAAAUUUCGGGUUUCUUGGGGAUUAUAUGAUGCUGCCUUUUGGGGAUACUAAUAAGAAUUCUCUUUGGUCUAGUUCUUUUUUUCCUUGAAUUAGACAUUAGGGCUUACAUGUCUAGUUAAUGUCCUCUUCUGAAUUAUGUCUAAUGUCCUUUUGUAUUGUAUGUGUAAUCAGCCAUGUCUGGGGCCCUUAUGCAUAAGACCUUGAUGGCUACAUCCACAUUGUUAUCUUGUUAGCUACAUGUUUACUUUAAUGCAUUCAAUGCAUUUAGUCA